AAGAGCACAGGAAUGUGAAGAAACAGUGCAGAAAACCAGGCAAAAACUGUAUGGCCUCGAACAAAUCCGUGAGAAACUGGCCCACGAAAACAAUUCCAUGACAAACACAUUAUCAAAUGCUCACAAAGCACGCUUAUCCCUGCUGGCAGCCUGUGCACUGCUGUCAGGGGCCCUGUGUCCUCUCUACGGCAGACUGUGCUCUGUGUCUUGCCAAAGAGACAUUCUCCAGGAACAGGUGAACCAGCACAAAUUAUUGAACCAGAAGAUCAUCAGCCUCCUUUAUGCUCUCCCUACUAAUGUGGGAAACAGCCAAGUUGAAGGCAGGCUGGGGCAGAGAAGAGCCAAGCACCUGAUUUACGUCUUCCGAAGAGCUGUGAUUGCAGUUCUGGCCGCUCACAGGCUGAGGGCUCUGGCCCGAUAUUCUGGCACCUUUUUCGUCUGGACAGAUGGCUCCAGAGGAUGCACUGGAAUUCAAGUUUGUGUGGGAGAAUCCAGAGGCAGGCAUGUGUCACGUUUUGAAGAGGAAGGAGUUGACUGUAUUGAAGCACUUGAUUGGUUGACUAGCUCUAACCUCUAUACUGCAAUAAUCAGCUCCGUCUCUGAACUGGAGGAUGUUCUCUGCAAACAAGGUAAUUUUAAUAGUAUAUUAUUGUAGCAGAAAAAUAUUUAAAAAAAAAAAAACAAAAAAAAAAGUCAGGGUGGUCAUGUCAUUUCUAUUUUUGUGAUUUUAUCUAAACUAUUCUGGAUCGUAGCUCUGAAGAGAUAUUUCUGAAUAUUAUGAUACACACCUUUGAUGAGAGGUUAUAUCCUGACCUAGUCAAUACAAAUUUUAGUGGGGCUGUUUCCCUGAAGGAGUAAUUUUAUUGCAGGGUAAAAUAAUAACCGUCUUCUACAUUCUCUGAAUGAUCACAUCUCUGUACUGUUGGAACAGAUUCAUUUUCUUUAACAGCUGAUAGGAUAUUUUAUAUAUAUUUUAUAGCCAUGGAAGCAGAAGGCUGGAGAGUGUUUCUGGAGUUUAUUUACAGUGAAAACUGAUAAAGGCUUCCUUGGUUCAUCUGCAUUGCUGCCAUCCCUGGUUCUUUAUUAAUCUCUAGUUUCAGAAUCCCCACAAUUUUGUCACAGAAAAAAAGGAUAUUAGAAGAGGGAUAAUUUAUGUGAAUAAAGGGAACUAGCAGGAGAAAGACAAGGUGGUGCAUUUUCCAGAAGGCUAAAUAC